AUGGGUGAGAUGAUUCCACCACCUGUGAAGAAACUUUGGGACAAAUGGAACAUUCGUGGAGUCAUAAUACUCAGUCUCUUCCUCCAAUCAAUCCUUAUAUUCUUUGCACCGAGCCGAAGACGCACCGCUAAGAAGCUCUUCCUUGUGCUCAUAUGGUCAGCUUAUCUUCUUGCCGAUUGGGCAGCUGAUUACGCGGUUGGGCAGAUCUCAGACAGUCAAGAAGAAGAAUCUGAAAAACAUUCCAAGAACCGCGAGCUGUUAGCCUUUUGGUCACCUUUCCUUCUCUUGCACCUUGGAGGUCCAGACACCAUCACAGCACUUGCCCUUGAGGAUAACGAGCUUUGGGACAGACACUUGUUUAGCCUUGUCUGUCAAGCGGUCGCCACUGUCUACGUCAUCUUGUUAUCUAUACCGAACAGGCUUGUGAUUCCAACGGUAAUCAUGCUUGCGGGGGGAGUGAUCAAGUAUGUCGAGAGAACAGCUGCCUUGUUCUCAGGGAGUCUUGACAAGUUCAAGGAUUCUAUGCUGCAGAAAGCUGACCCUGGCGCUAAUUACGCGAAGCUCAUGAAUGAAUAUGCAGCUAAGAAGAAAAUGAAUAUGCCGACCGAGGUAAUCGUGGUGGAGGAUCCAGAGAAAGGACGGGAAGGUAAUACUUCAGUUAGGCCCGAAGAUGAUCUGACAGCCCUUCAAGUUGUCCAGUAUGCUUACAAGUACUUUAACAUCUUCAAAGGUCUUAUUGUUGAUCAAAUCUUCACUAAUAAACAGCGCAACGAGAGCAGGAAAUUCUUUGACUUGCUGACCCCAGUAGAAGCUUUGCGUAUCAUCGAAGUCGAGCUAGGCCUCAUCUACGAUUGUCUGUUCACCAAAGCAGCUAUUUUGCAUAACUGGACUGGUGCUGUGUUCCGGUUCAUAGCUUUGGGAUGCCUUGUUGCGUCUCUCUGUCUCUUUAAGAUGAAAAAGGAAGAUCAAUAUGAUGGAUUCGAUGUUGCCCUUACUUACGCGUUGCUAAUAUGUGGAAUAGCUCUUGAUUCCAUUGCUCUUCUCAUGUUCUGUGUAUCUGACUGGACCAUCGCUAGAAUGAGGGAUCUAAAGGAGGAUCUGGACGAGAAGGACACCUGGGUAGACAGACUUCUCAACUGGAUCCUUGAUUUCAAGACACCGAAAUGGAAAAGGUUCAAGGAUGGACACCAAGUGCUCAACAGAAACUUCAUGUUUCGCAGAUGGUCUGAGUAUGUUCAUGCUUACAACUUGAUUGGACACUGCUUGAAGAUACGUCCCAAGAGAAUCCAUCAUACCAAGGGUAAGAUACACAGUUUCUUUCACAAGAUCACCCGAAGACUCGCGCUUGGUUUCAGAGCCAUGAACAAAGGAACUUUCCAGCUUCGUAAUGACCGCUUUCUUAGUAAUCUGUCGAGGGAAAAUCGGGUAAUCCGUACCAUUCUUAUUAAUCCUCUUAGAGUGUUUCUCCGUUACUUUUUUGCACUGCCUCGCUUCCUCGGUAUUUUGAUCGAUAUCCUCGGAAUUUUGGUCAACGAAGUCCUAGACUUUUUCGGUAUCAAAGAAUUGGUCGAAGAGAUAAGAUUCACAACCAGUGAUCGCCUCACCAGAGAACUAUGGGAGUUCAUAUUCAAAGAGGUGCAACGCAAACAGCGGUUUGCUGAUGACCAAGAGAGUGCCAAAGGUAUAUCUUCAGCUAGAGGAGACUGGACUUUAGCUGAAACACUAAGCAAAAAGACCCGAGAUGGACCAGACCACGCGAAACUUCUGCGAUACGUGACAGAGAAGGAUUACGAUCAGAGCAUUCUACUGUGGCACAUCGCCACAGAACUCUUCUACCAAGAACAAAUAGACCAAGUAAUCACGGAGAAAGAAGAAGAAUACACUAACCGAGAGUUCAGCAAAACCCUUUCUGACUACAUGAUGUACCUCCUCAAAACGCAACCAACUCUCAUGUCAGCGGUUUCUGGAAUAUCAAAGAUACGUUUCAGAGACACGUGCGAAGAGGCAAAUGAGUUUUUCAAGAGGAAGCAUAUCAAGAAAUCAAGCAAUGAACCAGAAAACCUAGUGAACCAAGCCAGUCGAGCUAUUCUCGAUGUCAACACAAAGAUUGAUCCUAUGAGAGUGAAAGGAGACAAAAGCAAAUCCGUGCUGUUCGAUGCAAGCGUGCUUGCAAAGGAGCUGAUACGGUUAAAGCACGGAGGAGGAGAAGAAAACAUGUGGGAGGUAGUGAGCAAAGUGUGGGUUGAGUUACUUUGCUUUGCAGCAACUCAUUGUGACUCCAAAGAACAUGCUUCUCAACUCAGCAAAGGCGGUGAGCUUCUCAACUUUGUCUGGUUACUAAUGGCUCAUUUCGGACUCGGUGACCAAUUCCAAAUCAACAGAGGUGAUGCAAGAGCUAAACUGAUAGUGGCUAACUGA